UAUAUACUUGUAACGUGGAAGCAGACGUUCCUGGAAUAUAUUAUAACGGAACAGCAGAAAUGAAUAUAGAAUUGAAACAGAUGCCUGUUCUGGUGAUGCGGCCUAUCAGCACAGUUGUAGCGGAGACCGAAUCAGUUGAUAUCAACUGCCACAUCAGAAAUGUGGAGGAAGCAUAUUUUGAUUCAAAUGACACCAUGCUAAAGUUGUGCUUUGCCAACGGGACGGAAAUACAUAGGUUUACCGGAGACAUGUACAAUCAGUCUUAUCGAUUUGAUGGACGUUUCAGCGAGAAUUUUACGUGUGGGCUCGGAAACUGUACUCAAUUUGGGGUAUCCUCCAGAAUUACUGUGACGGGAAAAGAGACCACGUUAUGCCCUUCAGUCAAUAUAUGGCCCAGUACACUUUCAGAACACGACGCCACGGCCCCUUGUCCUUCCGGAUAUACAGGUACACAAAAAAGAACAUGUGGCAAAGACGGUAAAUGGGGGGAAAUAAAUGCAGAUACGUGUAAGCAAGAGAAGUUAGAGAAGUUAGAAAAUGCUUUGAACAUUUCGCCAAACAUCUCCGAAUCUAUGGUCGAAUCAUCUCUAUCAACUAUAUCUGAUAUCGUCAAUCAAACGUCCUCGCCUGGGGAAAAGGGCAUGGCAAGUGUGGAUAUCGUACAGAGCGUUAAUCUUAUAGCCAAGAUAUCACAGAAAAACAUCACAUUUACAGAUCAGAAGGCUGCUGAGAAAACAGCAGAGACAUUCAUGGGUGUUGUCAGUAAUCUACUGGGCACAGGAAAAGAUCACGUGACAACUAAGAACAAGACACAAGGGAAAGAAGUUACGGGUCAAAUAUUAUCGUCUGUGGACGGAUUCGCAAAGUCGGUAACGAAAGCUCUUACAGUGAAUCAGAGCGUAACAGUGAAGAGGGACAAUCUUUUGUUGAACAUCGAACGGAUUCCAAAACAGAAAAUAGUAUUUCCGAAAGAAACAGAAAAUGCAGUUGACGAUGGUACAAAGUUCACGUUACCAGAAGAUGCACUGGGAGACAUAACAGAUGUUGCAUUUACAGCUGUAAAAUAUGAUAAUUUUGGAUCAGAGUUUGAUACGGCAGGAAGUAGCAGGAAUUCAUCACUAGGCUCUAGCGUUUUAUCACUAACUCUGGAAAAUGUGAAAGAAAUUAUGAAAAAUAUCUCACUCACUUUCGAGCAAAAUUCCAGAAAUGCAUCAGUAAAUACCACGUCAGAGUGUGUCUUCCUAAAUAAACCAGAACACUCUUGGAACAAUACCGGAUGCAGUGUUCUUCAUUCCAACAGUUCAUAUACGACUUGUACGUGUAGCCAUUUGACCAGCUUUGCUAUAUUGAUGAGUGUAGACUUUGGUGAAGAUAAUAAGACACCACCACCGGAUGAUCAAAGGCUGACUAUGAUUUCUAAUAUCGGAUGCAGUUGCUCCAUCGUUGGCUCGUUGGCAACGAUUUUUAUUUACCUUUAUUUUUGGAGAUAUAUGAAAUCACGGCGUUCCGUCUUGAUUAUCAACCUUUGUCUGGCUAUGUUUAUCGCUUACAUGUUGUUUCUGUCAGCAAAGGACAAAACCGAAAACCAUAUUGGAUGUGUCGUUAUUGCUGCCCUUCUGCAUUACUUCUUCCUGGCUAUGUUUUGCAUCAUGUUGGCGCUUGGGAUCGAUCUUGCAGUAGCUGUACUUGAUGUGUUCAACUCCAGAUCAAGUUCUGCCUUUCUACUGCUAUUAGGCUGGGGUCUACCAGCUGUUAUUGUGGCAGUAACCUUGGGGGUAACAGAAACGCGUGGAUUUGGAAAUACGGAAGUUUGCUGGCUCGCGAGGACAACACGAUACGGAUUCAUUGUUCCAGCACUGGUUAUUAUUCUGAUAAAUUUUGCCAUUCUUGUUGUGGCAAUGAGAGCUUUGUUCUCUUCAUCAUUUAUGAUAAAGAAAUCAAUCAGAGAUAAAGCGAGGAGCGGAAUACGAGGAACAUGUGCGUUAUUACCUGUCCUUGGAUUAACCUGGGUAUUCGGAAUUCUCUACAUAGAUGAAAAUACGAUUAUUUUCGGGUAUCUGUUUGCUGUAUUUAAUUCAUUACAGGGACUGUUCAUUUUCCUAUUCCAUGUCCUGUUAAACAAUCAGGUUCGAAAAGCAAUAUCAAGAAAAAUACAGAAAUAUGAAUCAAGAACACUAACAACAAAAUCAUCGAAACAUAAGUCUGAAUCCAAAUCAAAUUCUAAAGAUCUGCACAGUGAUGAUGAGGUUAAAGAGUCCCAAAACAACUCCGGCGUGGUUCUUCUUCCAAGAAUCAAUCUGUCGAAUCCAGUUCGCCGAACAACAUACACAUCAUUUUAACUUCUCAAUGGCUAUGUUCUUCAUUUGUUGUCAAUUUCCUGAAGGAUACAUACAUCUGUUUUGUUGUGACAUGAACUACUUGUAAGCAGAUUUUUUAAAGAUAAAAUUGCUUAGUGGACAAAGCGUGUAUUUGCAUGAAUGUCGAAUACUGUUCCUAUAAUGUAAAACCUAUACGGUACCAAUUUUGAUGCACCAGAUGCGUAUUUCGACAAAUAAUGUCUCUUCAGUGAUGCUCAACCGAAAUGUUUGAAAUCCGAAAUAACUAUGAAGUUUUGGAGCUAAAUAUAGCCAAAAACAGCGUGCCAAAAAAGUGGAGCCAAAUUCGUCCAAGUAUAAGAGCUAUGCAUGAGGGAGAUAAUCCUUAAUUUUGAAAUGAAUUUCUAAAUUUUAUAACAGCAAUUAAAUAUACAUCCACAUUUUCAAGCUAGUAACGAAGUACUUAGCUACUGGGCUGUAGAGACCCUCGGGGACUAACAGUCCACCAGUAGAGGCCUCGACCCAGGGGUCAUAAUGUAAAACUUAUACGGUACCAAUUUUAACGUCUGAACCCUCACCUAUUCUACAUGUCUGUUUAAGGUCUAUGUUGUAAUUCCUCAUCAGAUGCUUUGUUUAUAUGGAUACCUCUGAUGAAUGUAACAAGUAAAUCAAGUACCAUAUUUGUUUUUUAAUUAUUCAAUUAUUUAUCUAGUUUGUAUAGCAUGUUUUGUUGCAUUUUGUAUUUAGAAAAAAUCACACAUUUAUUUUUGCAUAAUACUGUUGUCUUGUUAAAACAUUGUAUAAAUUGAUAGAUAACUCACAUUUCAA